AUGGCGAGUGGUAAGAACAGCAAGAAUGGGGCUCGCUACCAGCCCGUACCAGAAACACCAGUCAGGAACCGAUUACGACAGAUUAUCGCCGUUCAGAUGGCAACUCCAGAAGCCCGGCCAGCAACACCUCCUACGAUAGUUGAUGAAAACACAGUGCAGCAAUCAGUCCUCAACAACUUGAGCAACCGGUUCUCUAUUGACGCCUUAGGCGACGAUUUGCCUGCAAGAUCUACAGACGCGACACCUACCCCAGAGAAACCGACGCCACUUUCCAAGAAAGCCAGGAAAGCAUUAAGGGCGCGCGAAAAGCAAGCCACGGAAAAUGGUCCUUACACUCCCACUGAUCCACUCCCGUCACUCGAUAGUGGCAGCCCCUUUGGGGACGAUUCGACCGCAUUGCGUACUGCAUCUCUCCCUUCGACAGACGGCAAUGGCUAUCCAUUUCCUCCGAUCAAGAAUAUGUGCGACAAUUUCGAAUCAGGGUUUCUGUCCAAAUCAGUUGAGAAGCGCGAUUCGGUCAUCUCAAGUGACUGGGAAGAUACAAAAAUCGAACGUCCUUGGCAAGCUACAGCGAAGAAGGGCUCCAGGGGUUUUACCUGGUCCAGCAAGCUUAAGCUCAAGACUUGGUGGCCAUACCGGAUGUAUCUAUCGAUGCGUAUUUUCCUCCUUGCCGUCAUCAAAGGCUUCCAGGGUCCUCGCAAGUUCGACUUCAUCAUCACAUUUGGCUUUCUUCUCGUGUGCUGUUACGCCGCGUAUACUACCCUCGACUUUAUCUUUACUGGGUUGAUCAAGGGUGCCAAUGCUCAAGCACUGGUUGAGGCUGCCAACUGCAGUGUUGUCUACGUUACGAUCCCUGGUCCGAUCAUCACCGUGUCACUUAUUGCCGCUUCGCCGACAAACCCGGCACAAGGCACAUACUAUUACUCGGUGGUAAGCGGGUCAACCGAAUGGCUCAACAGUGUCGCACCACCAAGUCGACCUGGUCUCUCAAUCACCCGCACAUCGAUUCCGCUGCCUAUCGACUCCACCCUACCUGGGCUCGAGUCUAGUAUGCAGCCAUCACCAAGUCCUACUAUGCCAGUACUUUUGACAUCGCUACCGCCGGGCGUCGGUACCACGCUUACGAGUACCAUUACUUCUGGAGACAUGGUUAUCAUAUCGACCAUGAUUUUGGUGCCUUCAUCGAUGCUCCCACCCCCGACGAGCCCUACCUCGCUUCUUGCGUCAUCGACUUCUUCGAGUACGGCUUCUGUUAUCGCGUAG